GCUUCCUGGCUUGGAUAGCAUUUUCAUUAGGUUAGCAUUGUAUUCUCAGUUUUGUUUUUAAGUGUAUUAUUUUCAUGACAAUAAGUUAAAAAUCCGUGUACUGUGUCUUUGUGAAUGAAACUUGUAUAAUGUUAUAGCGUAUUUCGUCCUUAAAAGGUAUUGAAGCUAAUAACGAUGGAUUACGGCCAUCCUCAACCGAAUCUGUCAAUGCCUCCACCCGGCAUGGGCAUGGGUCCUCCUAUGGGCCCGCCUAUGGGUCCACCCGGGCGCAACAACAUGCGCCAUAACUUUAGGCCUUUCAACUACCAGAUGCGGUUUCCACCUCAGGGUCCCCUUAAUAUGACUCAAGACGAUUUCGAUGGUAAACGCUUACGUAAAUCUGUUAUGCGUAAAACUGUAGACUAUAAUGCUGCUAUUAUCAAAGCACUAGAAUGUCGCGUUUGGCAACGGGACUGGCGGGACCGACACGCGCUGCAGCCCGACGCUAUGUAUACUCCUGAUCUCUUACCGCCGCCCUCUUACGCUGAAAACCCCAUAAAUGCCGUGACAACGCGUUUCGUUAAAACUGCAACAAAUAAAAUGAGGUGUCCCAUAUUUGCUGUAGCUUGGACACCGGAAGGUCGAAGAUUAAUAACUGGGGCUUCUUCGGGCGAAUUUACUUUGUGGAAUGGUUUAACAUUUAAUUUUGAAACUAUCCUUCAGGCUCAUGAUUCUCCAGUUAGGUCCAUGGUAUGGUCACACGGAGAAGGAUGGAUGGUAACAGGUGAUCACUCAGGGUUUAUCAAAUAUUGGCAAAGCAAUAUGAAUAAUGUUAAGAUGUAUCAAGCUCAUAAGGAAGCAGUUAGAGGAAUAAGUUUCAGUCCUAGUGAUUCCAAAAUAGUAACAUGUUCCGAUGAUGGGACACUGCGUAUCUUCGACUUCUAUAGAUGUCAAGAGGAAAGGAUAUUGAGGGGACACGGGGCUGAUGUGAAGUGUGUUCAGUGGCACCCGACUAAAGCUCUCAUUGUGUCUGGAAGCAAAGAUAACCAGCAGCCUAUUAAACUAUGGGAUCCAAAAUCAGGAACAGCUUUAUCAACCUUGCAUGCUCAUAAAUCUACAGUUAUGGAUCUCAAAUGGAAUGAUAAUGGAAAUUGGUUGAUAACGGCUUCUCGUGAUCACUUACUCAAAUUGUUUGACAUUCGGAAAUUAGGAUCGGAAUUACAAAUAUUUAGAGGUCACAAGAAGGAAGCAUCUAGCGUAGUAUGGCAUCCCACACAUGAAGGAUUAUUUUGUUCAGGAGGUUCAGAUGGAGCUAUUUUAUUCUGGAAUGUUGGUACUGAUAAGGAAGUUGGAUGCAUAGAAGGAGCUCAUGAAUCAAUUGUUUGGACAAUGGCUUGGCACCCAUUGGGCCAUAUUUUGUGCUCAGGAUCUAAUGAUCAUACAUCAAAGUUUUGGACCCGCAACCGCCCUGGUGAUCUCAUGAGGGACAAAUAUAAUUUGAAUACAUUACCUCCAGGUGUGCAGGAUGAUAAUGAUUUAGAAGAACCAGCAGUCAUACCUGGAAUGGGUCCUGAAGAUAAAGUUGAAAUAUUUUCUUCAGACACAGACAAAGUUAUACCUGGUUUGGAUCUGGACACAACAUUUGUUCCAAUGGAAUUUGAGAAAAAGGUAAAGAAAGUACCCUAUAGUAAGCCCAUUCCAAGGAAUUUCCAAGCUCAAUGGAACCAUGGACCUACGGCUGAUGAUGCUGCAUCAGAAGCGUUGACACAGGCUUUAGUGGAAUCUGUCCCAGGAGCAAUACCUUUGCAACAAAUUACCCCAUCAGCCAUAUUUAUUUAUGGAAAACUAAUUAUAGUAGAGCCAGGAUCAAAACUUGAAAAAUCAAUAUCUGAAGGGCCUAUGGCUCUCAAAAAGUAUAUAGCAACAGGAGAGAUAGAGGAGCUACAUGAUGUAAUGCCGCAUUUGGAAGAUGAUGCAGAUGAGGACAACUUUCAACCCUUUGAAUAUCCUGAUCAGGAAGAAAAUCCAGGUGAAAAUGCGGAUGAAGACAUGGAAGAUGAUAGUUACAAUGAUUAUGAACAUGAACAAGAUUAUUAUGACAAUGAAAUGAAUGCCACAGAGCAGAGCAAUCAAGAUCAGGAUGAAGAUAAUUAUAAUAAUGGAUCAGAUAGGAGCAAUAUGAGUUCAAUGAAUAAUAUGCCACCAAUGAACAAUAUGAUGAGGCCACCAGGUCCAAUGGGAUCAAUGAGGCCACCGAUGGUACCCCCCAUGCGGCCUUUGCUAAUUCCCCCACCACAUAUGACAGGCAUGCCUCCUCCUAUUGGAACUAUGCCACCAAUGACGACUAUGCCCCCGCCUUUAGGUACUAUGCCCCCUAUAAAUGCUAUGCCGCCAAUGGUUAAUAUGCCACCAAUGGGAAAUAUGUCACUAAGACCACCUUUCUCUGACAAUGGAUAUAAUAAACAAAGGUUUGAUUCUAAUUACGAACAAUCCUUUUCUCCUAACAAUGAAGAAUAUAAUGAAGAUGAUUCUUACGAACAAAAUUACGAUGACGAAAAUAACUACAAUGAAGAAGACAAUGGUAAUGAAGGUUUUUCACGCAAUCAGAGAUGGGACGGCGGCUAUAGAGGUAGAAGUAGAGGCAGGGGUCGCGGCAUGAAUGGUCAUGGUGGACGAGGUAACUGGAGAGGCAAUGGUGGCAUGCGAGGAUCUCCAAGAAAUCGCAGAAGUUCAGGCGGUAAUAGAUCUUACAGAAGAGGCGGCAAACCUAUUUCCAAUUAGUAUCUAGCCUUAUAUUGUACUCGUGCACGGACUAAAGUUUCACUAUUUACGUUUUAUCGUUGCUUUUACGUAAAGUGUUACACAAAUACAGAAUAGUGAUGAAACAAAUGGUUGUACAUACUUUUUUAUUUACAGCUUUUAUUAUGUUUUCGUAAGCUGUAAACAAUAAAUUCAUAUUAUGUUAUA